AUGGAUUCCUGGAAUCAAAGCUCAGUGCAAGUUUCUCUUGAUAGAGGUGGCCUCAGCAACAUGUUGUUUCAGUGCUCGCUACCAGAUACCAUUGAGACGGUUGCAGAUGAACCACGGAAAGUUCUCCUGCGCUUAUAUGGUGCAAUCCUACAGAUGAGGUCCUGUAAUAAAGGAGAGUCUGUACAGUCUCAGAAGGAAAAUGAAUUGCAAGGGGCAGAAGCCAUGGUUCUGGAAAGUGUUAUGUUUGCCAUUCUUGCAGAGAGAGCUCUUGGCCCAAAGCUGUAUGGAAUCUUUCCACAAGGGCGACUGGAGGAAUUCAUUCCCAGCAGGAAACUAAGUACUGAAGAAUUAAGCUUACCCGACAUAUCUGCUGAAAUAGCUGAGAAAAUGGCUAGAUUUCAUGGGAUGAAAAUGCCAUUUAAUAAAGAACCCAAGUGGCUUUUUGGAACAAUGGAAAAGUAUCUAAAUCAAGUGCUGAGGAUUAAAUUUACCAGAGAAUCCAAAACUAGAAAACUGAACAAACUCCUCAGUUAUAAUCUCCCCCAGGAAAUGAAAAAUCUAAGAGCUAUGCUUGAAGCUACUUCAUCACCAGUUGUAUUUUGCCAUAAUGAUUGUCAAGAAGGUAAUGUCUUGCUUCUGGAAGGCAAAGAGAAUUCAGAAAACCAAAAGCUGAUGCUCAUUGACUUUGAAUACAGCAGCUAUAAUUACCGAGGAUUUGAUAUUGGAAAUCACUUCUGUGAAUGGAUGUAUGACUACACAUACGAGAAGUACCCGUUCUUCAAAGCUAGUGUUCUUAAAUAUCCUUCAAAGAAGCAACAGCUUCAUUUUAUCUCCAGUUACCUGUCUGCAUUCCAUGAUGGCUUUGAAAAUCUGAGCAAUGAAGAGAAGUCCAAACUAGAAGAAGAAGCAUUGAUAGAAGUUAACAGGUUUGCCCUUGCAUCACACUUCUUCUGGGGUUUGUGGUCUAUUAUACAAGCAAAGAUCUCAUCCAUUGAGUUUGGUUACCUGGAAUACGCAUUAUCCAGAUUUGAUGCAUACUUUGAUCAGAAGAGGAAGCUGAAGGUAUAAAUGUGGGAGCCUUUUGGUUACUGUAUGAAGAGGGCAGCUGGACAAAACUUAUACUGUGCUUAGGCUACUGUAUCUCUAACAAAGAUGUCACUGAAUUCCAGUUCCUUGGGACGCAAGUGUACAGUACUGAAGACUGUCUAAAAAUGACUUGUUUACAGUUUCGUAAAUACUUGGAAUGAGAAUGGGAGGCAAAAGUAAGAUACAACAGUGCAAUAUCUUUAAAUCUUUCUGAUCUAGAAGAUAUUUUAUAUUAUGGGAGAAGCUUACGAUUAA